UCCCUUGGGCGUUUCAAAGCACUCUUCAUUCUUCAAGUUUUAGCUAGCAACAUUUUUGCGCGUGCGCAAAUAACAAUAUUCUAUUUUGCUCUUUUAAUCCUCCAUCUUCUAUCGCUGUGCCGUUACUGGUAAUGUGACUAACCUUGCAGAGCAUCUGUCUUUACAAGGAGGACUUAUCGAUUAUUGCAGAAUAUCUCUGAAUAUCUUUCAUCAUGAGUCGUUUUUUUGCAACUGGAUCAGAUUCGGAAUCUGAUAGUGCUUCUGAAGAAGAGCAGGUGCAGAGGGCACCAGCAACUGCUUUUACUUUCAGUGACGAUGAGGAAGAAACAAAGCGUAUUGUACGUUCCACAAAAGAAAAGCGAUAUGAAGAAAUAGCAAAUCUUAUAAAACUUAUUAGGAAUUAUAAGAAGAUAAAGGAUAUGAGCAGUAUGUUGUCAAGUUUUGAAGAUUUAAUGCGAGCUUAUCAAAAAGCUUUACCAGUAGUCGCCAAAGAAGAACUUGGACAAACUCCACGAUUUUACAUUAGAUGUUUAGUUGAAAUGGAGGAUUUUAUUAUUGAAGUAUGGGAAGAUCGUGAUGGGCGCAAAAAUAUGUCAAAAAACAACUCCAAAUCACUCUCGACAUUACGUCAGAAAUUACGUAAAUAUAACAAGGAAUUUGAAGAUGAUAUAACCAAGUUCAGGGAGAACCCUGACCAAGAUGAUGAUGAAGAAGAAGAAAAGGCAGAAGAAAUUAUAGAGACUGAAGAAGAAGAUGAUAGUGCUGUGGCAUUCAAGAAAGCUGGCUCAGAAGCUAGUGAACCUGAUAUAGCUAAAUUCAAGAAAGGUGCAACUGAUGGCGAGGAGGGUAGUGAAAGUGAAUCCGAUUGGGGUAGCGAUUCGGAUAGCGAAAGCACAAGUAGCGACGACGAAGGUCAAUAUCAGAACAUUCGCGAACGUUUCAUUAAAAAAGCAACCGAUAAAGAAGAGGAUGAGGACAAAGCGAAAAGAAAAGAACAACGAAAAGAACGUAAAGAGAAGGAAAGAAAAAAGAAACGUGAUGAAGACGAUGGCGAAGGUGAAUGGGAAACUGUCAAAGGCGGGGUAGCGAUUCCCUCUGAAAAGCCGAAAAUGUUUGCUAAGGACGCGGAAAUCAAUAUCACAGCGGUGUUGAAGAAACUGUCUGAAAUAAUCGCAGCUCGCGGUAAAAAGCGCACAGACAGACGGGAACAAAUAGAGCUCUUGCAUGAACUGCAAUCGAUCGCCGACGCGCAUUCCCUCGGCCCUGCUGUAGCCGUGAAAAUCAAGUUUUCCAUUGUAUCUUCCAUAUUUGAUUACAAUCCGAAGGUUUCUGACGCUAUGAAACCCGAAUAUUGGUCCAAAAUCCUGGAACGCAUUACUGAAAUGUUAGACAUGCUGUUAAGCGCUACAGAUAUGGUAAUAACAGAAACAAUCGCGGAAGAGAUGGAAGAGUUCGAAACUGCUCCAUAUAAAAUUCAUGGAUGCGUGUUGACAUUGGUGGAACGCCUCGACGAAGAAUUCACGAAAUUAUUGAAAGAGUGCGAUCCACACAGCAAUGAAUACGUAGAGAGAUUGAAGGAUGAGAAACAAGUCGCUGCUAUAAUAGAUAAAGUGCAAGAGUAUUUAGAGAGACAAGGUACUGUGUCCGAAUUGUGCCGUGUGUACUUGCGCAAGAUCGAGCAUUUGUACUACAAGUUCGAUCCAAAUGUUCUCAAACAGAAGGAUGGUGAAGUGGGACAAGACGUAAUCACGUCCGUGCAAGUCAUGGAGAAGCUAUGCAAAUAUGUUUACGCGCACGAUAACACCGAUCGAUUGAGAACUCGUGCGAUUUUGUCACACAUUUAUCAUCACGCGCUCCAUGACAACUGGUUCCAGGCGCGUGAUUUAAUCCUGAUGUCACAUCUUCAAGAAACUAUCCAACAUUCCGAUCCACCCACACAGAUUUUGUACAAUCGUACAAUCGCCCAUCUGGGAUUAUGUGCAUUCCGCCAUGCCAAUAUUAAAGAUUCCCACAAUUGCUUGGUCGAUCUGAUGGUAACAGGCAAGGUAAAAGAACUUUUGGCGCAAGGUUUGCUCCCGCAACGACAACACGAGCGUAGUAAAGAGCAGGAGAAGAUUGAGAAGCAGAGACAAAUGCCUUUCCAUAUGCACAUCAAUCUAGAGCUCCUUGAAUGUGUAUAUCUCGUUUCAGCAAUGCUUAUCGAAAUUCCAUAUAUGGCUGCGCACGAAUUUGACGCAAGGCGAAGGAUGAUAUCGAAAACCUUCUAUCAGCAAUUGCGAUCCAGUGAACGUCAAUCGUUAGUAGGACCACCGGAAUCGAUGAGAGAGCAUGUUGUCGCUGCCGCGAAAGCGAUGCGUAAUGGUAAUUGGGCGGCUUGCAAUAAUUUCAUUAUAAAUGAGAAGAUGAACGCAAAGGUCUGGGAUCUCUUUCAUCAAGCGGACAAAGUGCGAGCUAUGCUGACGCGAUUAAUCAAGGAAGAAGCAUUGAGAACGUAUUUGUUCACAUACUCUCAUGUGUAUGACUCCAUCUCGAUGCCGAAGCUCGCUGACAUGUUCCAACUGAAGCGUCCUAUAGUCCAUUCUACUAUUAGUAAAAUGAUCAUCAACGAGGAACUCAUGGCAUCUUUGGACGACCCGACGGAGACUGUUGUUAUGCAUCGCAGUGAGCCGAGCCGUCUGCAGUCCUUGGCUUUGCAACUCACGGAUAAAGUCAACAAUUUCGUCGACUCGAAUGAACGUAUCUUCGAAAUGAAACAGGGUAACUUCUUUUCAAGAGGAAACCAAGGCAACUUCCGCGAUCGACAAAACUAUAACCGCCAGGGGCAGGAUUGGGGUCGACAGAGGCGUGAUCGUGAUCGCGAUCGCGAUCGUAAUCGCGAAGACAAUCGAAACUAUUAAUAAUAUGCCAAAUUUAAUAUACACAAGAGCAAUUUAUUCAAUUUUAUCAGUGUAAAGAUCUGUUCAGAUGAACUUGCAUAUUUGCACAAUACAUGCGUACAGGAAAAUCAACAAAUUAUUUAUACAGCAGAAGAAUGUUUUUCCUUUUUUCUUUUUUUAUAUAUUAAGUGCAGUAUUGGUCGAUUUUCUUGUGCGUAAGCAUUAUGCAACUAUGCAAAGCUCAUCAUCAGGGUGGACUUUCAAAACGAUAUAAAUGUAAUUUUUCUCUCA